GCAGUGUCCGGAGAAGGAGCGCGUUGGAAGCGGGAGCGCCCCCUCUUCCCCCCACCCCCAGCAGCCAUGAGCCGCCCCCGCAGCGCCCCCCGACUCACCGACGUUGUCCUCCUCUUUCUUCUCUUGGCAUCGGCGGCCGCCGAGCCCGCCCAGUUCUUCAGGGAGGAGUUCGGGGAUGGAGAUGCCUGGACGAGCCGGUGGGUGGAAUCCAAGCACAAACCGGAUUAUGGGCGCUUCGUUCUCUCCGCUGGGAAGUUCUACGGAGAUGCCGAGAAGGACAAAGGGCUGCAGACGAGCCAGGACGCGCGGUUUUACGCGCUCUCGGCACGCUUCGAGCCGUUCAGCAACCGCGGGCGCACGCUGGUGGUGCAGUUCAGCGUGAAACACGAGCAAGGCAUCGACUGCGGCGGCGGCUACGUCAAACUCUUCCCCGCCAGCCUGGACCAGCAGGACAUGCACGGCGACUCCCCGUACAACAUCAUGUUCGGCCCCGAUAUCUGCGGCCCCGGCACCAAGAAGGUCCAUGUCAUCUUCAACUACAAAGGGAAGAACGUGCUCAUCAACAAAGACAUCCGCUGCAAGGACGAUGAGUUCUCGCACUUGUACACGUUGGUGGUGAGGCCGGACAACACGUAUGAGGUGAAGAUCGACAACGCACGUGUGGAGGGGGGGAGCCUCGAGGAGGACUGGGAUUUCCUGCCCCCCCGCAAAAUCAAGGACCCCAGCGCCCACAAACCCGACGACUGGGACGAGCGCCCCAAGAUCGAUGACCCCGAGGACAGCAAGCCCGAGGACUGGGACAAACCUGAGCACAUCCCGGACCCCGAUGCCAAGAAGCCGGAGGACUGGGAUGAGGAGAUGGAUGGGGAGUGGGAGCCCCCUGUGAUCCAGAACCCCGAGUACAAGGGCGAAUGGCGGCCCCGGCAGAUCGACAACCCAGCCUACAAGGGCAAGUGGGUGCACCCCGAGAUCGACAACCCCGAGUACAGCCCCGACCCUCUGCUCUACUCCUACGACAGCUUCGGUGUCAUCGGCCUCGACCUCUGGCAGGUGAAAUCUGGGACGAUCUUUGACAACUUCUUGCUGGCGGAUGAUGAAAAGCUGGCGGAGGAGAUCGGCAACGAGACCUGGGGGGCUACCAAGGAUGCGGAGCGGAAGAUGAAAGAGCAACAGGAUGAGGAGCAGCGGCGGCAGCAGGAGGAGGAGGAGAAGCAGCGCAAGGAGGAAGAGGGGGAGGAGGAGGGGGACGGGGAGGAGGAAGAAGACGACGAUGAGGAGGAGGAAGCGGAGGCGGCGCCGCGGGACGAGCUCUGAACGCGCCCCGCUCGG